AUGCCGACUAAAUACGUCUACGAGGACGAGGCUGAUCUGAAUGCGAGGGUGAAGGCUCCAUAUCACACCUCAGCCUCCCCCAUCUCCUCCCUCCCGCAUAAACGCGCUCUCACUACUUCAACCACGGCGACAACUUCCCCUCUCCUACCAUCUUCUUCUUCUUCUUCUCCUUCAAAUACGACAGUGUUCCACAUCUACCACACAAAACGCCACUUCAGCAUAACCCCAACCCUCCACCCCGCCAAAGAGCGCCGCUGGGUCCCGCGCAAGAAAGCAGCGCGCCUCGCGCGUCAAGAACGCCGCCUUGAAAAAGCGACCGCGAACGCGUCGGCGGAGACCCAGCAUCCCUCUUCCUCCCCCACCCCAAACAAGACCACGUUCGAAGACGACAACCCCCCUGCGUCAAAAGAGCCCAAGCACCCACCCAACCCCAACGACUCAGGCAACGCAGACACCGACAGCCCCGACCUCACCGAAUUCUUCCUCUACACCCCGGGCCUGAGCUUCCACUCCCCCCCGCCGCGCGUCCUCCUCGCCGGCUCUGGAUCCCGGCCGCACUCCACCCCCCUCGCCCUCAUCCACACCUCCCCCCUCUGGCGCACCUGGAGAAUCCAACUCGGCGCCUCCCUCGCGGCCCCCGGCGUCAUCGACCCCCGCGGCCUCGUCAGCUACGCGCACAACGGCGGCUCUGCGCGCGUCUUGAAAGCCGACGACAAGGCGCUCCGGGGUUACAAAGUGCGUAACUGGCGGGUGUGGGGCGAGUCGGGGCGGGCGUACGUAAAGGGGGUGGUGGCGGCGCGGAGGGCGAGGCCGGAGGGGUGGGUGGAUCCGGAUACGGGGUGCGGUGCUGGCGCUGGUGCUGUUGGAGACGUGGGGAGUGACGUGGUGGUUGCGGCGAGGGCGGACGAGGUGGCGUAUCUCCGCUGGGCAUCGCCGUUCUCGCGGGAGCCGCGGCGGUACGUGUUUGCGUAUGCGGGGGUGGAGUUUUUCUGGAAGGGGACGCGGACGGUGAGGGAGGGGGGUUGGUGUGGGGACUGGGUGAGGUGGAAUCAUUUGAAGCUUGUGGCGAGGGUUCCUGGUGGGGAUCCGGUUACCAUUGCUGGGUCGAAAUCUAGGAGGAGGAAGAGAGGGAAAGGGGGGGAUGGGGAUGGUGGUGUGUUUGGGAAAGAGGUUUGUCUUGGGACGUACACCUGUUCCCUCUCGACGCUCAAAUCGGGGCAGCUGUGUCUCUUCGAUGCGGCGAUCUGGAGGUUCGUGGUGGAGCAUUCCCCGGCUUCGUUGCCGGGAUUUCGGGAUCCGAGGAUCGGGGAGGUUGAGACUGGGGAGGGGGAGAUUGGCGAUGAGGAGUUGGAGGAGCGGGUAAGGGCAUUGAAGAAGACGAGGUUGUAUGCGGUGAUUGUGGCGACGGCGAUGUGUAUGGUGCUGGGAGAGAAGGAGAAACGGGAGACGCUGAGGGCGAUUUUGGAGGCGGCAGCUGAGGGGGCGGGUGGGGGGGGUUGA